AUGGAGAAGCAUUUUAACUUAAGCAAGCAAGCUAGGAUGGGGAGCGAAUGUAGCAAUGGAGGAAGUACCAAACUAGCAGAUUUGGAUCUUGACAUCAUCUUCGACAUCUUUUCAAGACUUUCUACCAAUACUGUCAUUCGAUUAAGGAGUGUAUGUAAGCUCUGGAACAAAUUGAUACGAGACCCUGAAUUCAUUGACUUGCACCUGAGGAGACUGAUGCACAUACCACCAUCUCCUGUCAUCAUUGCACUAGACACAGGAUUGUCGGAUAGGAGGAGCUUGUUAGUGGUAGAUGGGAUUGAAGAAGGUGAUUGGAGGGGUAGAGAAAUUCAAGUAGAGUAUUUGCUGGAUAAUAGGCUUGAUCUUGUUGGUUCUUGCAAUGGAUUGGUCUGUAUGGCUCCAGACCGAAAUUUUGAUUCAAUCUUCAUCUAUAAUCCAAUUACAGGGGAGAGCUUGUGUUUGCCUGAAUCAAAUCUUGCAGAUGGGUUCAUUUCCUUUGGUCCUAGGACAGUUCCUAGGAUUGGUUUUGGAUAUGAUCAUGCAGCCAAAAAAUAUAAAGUGAUCCGAUUUUGGUACCAUGGAGGAAAAUUUGCAGGUGAGAUCAUCACUUGCGGUGAAAGCUCAUGGAGAAAUUUAGAUACUCCAGUGAUGAAUGGAGGAUGUGAAAAGUUCUGCACUUUAGACUUGCCUAGUCCUCCACUUUCUGAAGCAAGAUAUGAAUUAUUACAAUUAAUAAACAUCAAUGGUUCUUUGGCUAUGGCCAUUGAGAAGUAUGGUCAAUGCCAAAUGUAUUUCAGUGUGGUGAUAUUAAAGAAAUGGAGAACUGUGGGCAGCAUAGAUAUGGGGUUCUCUUUGGAACAGUGUUCUUCCUAUGAUGAUAUUUCUUAUCAUCAGGCAUAUGGUAGGCUGUAUGUUUUGCUCGGCGAUGGAACUUUGCUACUGAAGCUUCGAAGAUGGGGGCGUUCGACAAGGAAGAUGUGUUUCACAGAGAAGAAUUCGAGUGUUCCACUAAUGGUUGAACCAUUUCUGUUCAUACCAAGCUUUGUUUCCCUCAAGUGA